AUGUCCACCGUUAUAGUUGGCGGCGGAAUAAUUGGCGUGUCCAUUGCAUACUUCCUUUCUGAUCCAAACAUACAGAGAAGGCAGCCAGGAGAUAUCCAUAUCGUCGACUCCUCUGAAGAGCUGUUCGCCUGUGCAUCAGGAUACGCAGCAGGGUUUAUUGCUAGGGACUGGUUUGCUCCCCAGCUACAGCCACUGGGUGCGCUGUCAUUCGACCUGCACCAACAGCUUGCGGCCGAGCAUAACGGGGCCGAGAAAUGGGGGUACAGACAGAGUAGUGCGUUGAGCCUUCAGGUCGAGGGCUCAGACGGGAAGAAGACUGCGAGGGGUGACGACUGGCUUCGUCGGGGAGCCAGUCGUGCUGAAGCCGCAGUGGUGGACAAGGACGAAGACAGCUCAAUGGCAGACGGGAAAGAUCCAUCGCCAGCAUGGUUGACGAAGCAGAAAGGCGGUACGGUAGAAAGGAUCAGUAAGGAGGGAUCAGUUGCACAAGUAGAUCCCUUACGGCUAUGCCAGUUUAUGCUUGCCAGAUGUAUCGAGCGAGGCGUACGGGUCCACAACCCAGCUCGGGCGGUAUCUACGAUCAAGCACCCAGCGUCGGGAGCGAUACAUGAGGUAGUUAUCGAGGAUACCAAGUCACGUAUGAAAUUCAACCUUCCAUGCACCAGUAUCGUAUUUGCUGCCGGCCCGUGGACGCCUCGAGCCUUCAGCACUCUCUUCCCUCUGUCCAGAGCACAUAUCCCGGUCCUGGCGCUAUCAGGGUACUCGCUGGUCUUCCGCUCUCCUCGCCAUACCUUGCACCAGGAGCGGGAGGCCCACGGCGGGAAGGGCCAUGCAGUGUUCACCACUCAUCCGCAAUCGUGUGGGUUCAGUCCAGAAAUCUUCUCUAGAGCCAACGCAGAGAUAUAUCUUGCUGGAUUGAAUGGGCUGGACAUCCCGCUGCCGGAGGUAGCCACUGAUGCACAGAGCCUGAUGACAAGGGACAAGCUAGCUCGCGUGAGAGAGGCUGCUCGCAUACUGAUGGGCCGUCCGCAUGAAGACCCGGAUGCGGAGAACGUCGACGACCUCGAACUGGUUAGGGAGUCUCUCUGUUUCCGCCCAUACAUCGAGUCCGGACUUCCCAUCGUUGCUCGUCUGCAGGAUACCAUCACAGGGGCCACCGAUCGACUUUCUGGUGGACUGUUCAUGGCGACCGGACAUGGCCCUUGGGGCAUCUCGCUCUGUCUGGGGACGGGCAAAGUGAUGGCGGAGAUGAUCUCAGGCAUCAAGCCUAGCGUCGAUAAAUGUUUGUUUUAUUUUAUUUUCCCUGCAAAAGACACCUCACGUGAUUCCGCGUUUUCGCGUCCGUUUUUGGUUAAAUUUGAAGUUGAAGAAGUUGAAGCAAUUAACAUCAUCGGCAAGCAAGGAGAAGAAGAGGAAAAGGAAGAGGAAGACGGAGAAUAA